AAGAGGAAUAUAUCUUCGGCAACUGUUCUCCAAUAGUUAAAUGUGAUUGGUAGUGAGAGUAUAUCAUAAAAUAUUGCUUAAUCCACCAUAAACAUGCUACCAUGUGCAGUAUUUUUUGUUGUUAUUUUCGCCAGCAUCGUGGGUACACAGGGUGUCCCCAGACCAGUUGUCACAAAUGAAGAUAUUAGAGAUGCCAUUUUACAGAUGGUCAAAGUCGUCAAACUUACCGAAGAUAAAUUAGAAAGACACGAAUACAGAGAAAGGGUCUUAGGGGACAACAUAAAGAAAGGAUUAAUGAUCAUUGAAAAAAGAAUAAAAGUCUUAGAUCCCUUAAAAGGCUCAUUCCAAAGGUUAGACGAAAGAUUGGCAGCGGUUGAAUCAUUUUUAUUGCAAAAGGAUGAGAGAGAAAAAGCUCAAAUACAAAAAAUUGUAGAUUUUGUAGAAGAUUUUAACACAAACUUUCCAACAAUGUUGGAUAAACUUAGAGACGAUAUUAUUGAUAAGUUGGACAGUAAUGAACCACCAGCACAAAUAACAGAACCGACAGUUUCCAAAAAAGAGUUUCAAAAACUGGAAAAAGACCUCUUGGAGAAAGUCGACAAAGUCGCCAAAUCAAUCGGCGGAAUCGAGAAGGACUUGAGCACAAUUCGCGACGAUAACAAAAAAUUCCACGACGUCAACACCAAGUCUACCGAAAAUUUGGACAAAGUUAAACGACAAUUGGACAACAGCGAAGAGUUGUUGCAUAAAUUCGAUAACAAAUUGUCAGAGUACAACAAAAUUCCACUUGCAUCACCUACUGUUUGUCCCAAAAUUGACGAAAAAUGGCAAAAUAACGUCACAGAUGGUAUAAGCAUCCAAAAGCAGCAACUGAACAAAUUGGCCGAAGAAUUGCAACAAAUUGGAAAAGGCCUCUCUGUUCUGCCUCAAAAGAACGACUUACAAACACACGGAGACAUGACGUUGGAAAGACUGGAGGAUUUGAAACAAUUAGCCUUGAGACCGUCGGAAAUUCCGAAAAACCUAUCGGAAACAUUAGCUGAGAUUCGUAAGGAUAUUCAAAAGAACCACGAUGACUUAAACACCACACUAACGAAUGUUUGGGAUGUGUCCAGCGGUUUAGCCAGCGGAAUUCCUGUCAGCUACGAUCAAAUUAGGAAUGAUAUUCAAUCGUUGAACCGUUUGGAGAAGGUAAUGAUGCAAACUGCGGAUAAUGUUCUGGAUACAAAACGUAAAGUUGAAUACGGAAUCCUCAAAACGAUCACUGAUUUAGGUGGUAAAAUGAAGGACAACUCUAAGGAUGUCAUAAAUGCAGUAAAUGAAAGAUUUGAUGGAUUUGAGACAUCAAUUUUGGAUGAAGAUUCAGGAGCUCUGUCUAAUUUGACCGGAACAAUGCGCGACGAGAUAGCUGAAGUCUGGAGACAAAUUGGCAUCAUGCACCAACAAAUGACCGCAAGUACAGAUACCCUCAAUAAAUUACAAGAUCAGACUGACUUGUAUGUGAACGGCUCCAUGAACGUUAUGGAUAAAAUGACGGGAAAAGUUGGGUCAAUAAAGAAAAGAAUGGAGGAAGUCGACGAGAAUCUGAAUUACUUGAUGGGUAGAUUGUCUUUAGUCACACACGAGUUUGAUCAAAUUAGAACCGGACUCGGAAAAGCUUUGGAUCAAAUUCGAGGAAGUUUCAAAGCGGUCCAGGACAAAGUGAAAGAUGCUGGUCCAGGACCGCACAACAUAACCAGCAAUGAGGUACAAUUAAAUUGAUUUCUUACGUAUUUAUGUUAGUGAGCUAAUUCUUAAGAUUAAAUAUAACCUAAGCAAGUUUAUUACUUAGUAUAAUAGUUAAUUGAUCUUUUUAUAUUUACUUAAAUAAAUUUUUAUUUAUA